CGGUCAGGGUCUUCACGAAGAUCUGAAGGCCAAGAUCCAGGAUAAAGAGGGCAUCCCCCCUGACCAGCAGAGGCUGAUCUUUGCUGGCAAGCAGCUGGAAGAUGGCCGCACCCUCUCUGAUUACAACAUCCAGAAGGAGUCAACCCUGCACCUGGUCCUCCGCCUGAGGGGUGGCAUGCAGAUCUUUGUGAAGACCCUGACCGGCAAGACCAUCACCCUGGAGGUGGAGCCCAGUGACACCAUCGCGAACGUGAAGGCCAAGAUCCAGGAUAAAGAGGGCAUCCCCCCUGACCAGCAGAGGCUGAUCUUUGCCGGCAAGCAGCUAGAAGAUGGCCGCACUCUCUCUGAUUACAACAUCCAGAAAGAGUCGACCCUGCACCUGGUCCUCCGUCUGAGGGGUGGCUAUUAAUUAUUCGGUCUGCAUUCCCAGUGGGCAGUGAUGGCAUUACUCUGCACUCUAGCCAUUUGCCCCAGUUUAAGUUUAGAAACUACAAGUUUCAAUAAUAGCUGAACCUCUGUUAAAAAUGUUAAUAAAGGUUUUGUUGCAUGGUAAGCAUAAAAAAAAAA